AUGGUGACUGCCGACUUGAAUUCGAAGUUUUCAGUCGCAGAGGCGCUCAAAGGCGCACACUCCGACUUCCUUGUAACAAAUUACUGGGAGACCGCCACCCCAGGCGUCGAGCGAUCCCAAGGCACCACCGUCGCAGACGCAGCUAAAGUAACCUGCAUUUCUCAUCUCAUCUAUUCAUCUCUGCUAAAUGCCAGCAAGGCUACUAAUGGUAGAUUGAAGGAAGUCAAGCACUUUGAUGAAAAGGCCGAUAUCGAGGAGCACAUUCGUGCCAGCCGUGUUCCUUGUUCGUUCUUCCUUCCAGGAUACUUCAUGGCCAACUAUACCUUCAUGAUCCACAAAGAGGGAGAUGGCUCCUACGUGCUUGCCUCUUCUUUUUCUUUGAUUGAUGCUGCUCAGGAUACAGGCAAGUGGGUGAAAGCUAUAAUUAAAAACCGCGAGAAGCUUCUAGAAAAGCGUAUCUUGACUACAAGCGACUUCUAUACAUCUGAGCAAAUCGUCACCGAGUCGGUUUUUGUUUUGAGGGCUUAUCAGUGGUCUUAUCGACAUGUCUCUCGUUCUCUGUCAGGGAAGAAAAGACGAUUAGAUAUCAAAUCAUUUUCAACUCUGAAGUGA